GGUACUUCUCGUUCAUCAACGAGAAGGGCGCGGCGUCCGCCACCGUCUACACGACGAUCGUCCAGCUGGUCCGGGAUCAGGUGUACAAGUUUCUUUCGCUGGAAAAUCUGGCCGCCUAUACCGAAUCGCACGCCGACAACUUUAGCCACAAGGCGCACUACGUGAAGGCGACGGCCAAGGCGGGCCAGGUGUACCGUUUGCUGGCCGUGUUUCAGGACGGCGACCACAAGACGGCGUCCGCUAGUCACAAGGAUACCACGUCGUCGCUGACCAGCGAGCGGCACAUCGGGGGCCGCGAGAAGGAGCGAGGAAAGUACGCCCAGCUUCUGGACGACAAUCGACAGAUCUACUACGUCUCACUAUCGGCCAAAGGGAAGUUCUACGAAAUCGAGCAGCACAGUGCACCCGUGCUGCAGAAGGCGGGCUGCGGUGGUGGUGGUGGGGCCGGUUUCGGCCACCAUCAUCACCAGCAGCAGAAUGGUGGCGGCACGAACAACACCCACAACAGCGGCAACAACCCGCUGCAAAAUCGGAAACGGCAGCUCAGCCGGGACUGUGUGCAUCGGAUCGGGUUCAUCAUGCAAUCGGACGUUAGUCUGCCGCUGAAUCUGCGGCUCAUCUCGCCCCAAAACGGGCUGCCCUCGACCGUACCCGAGUACGUGACGAUCGCAAAGUGCAGCGAAGAAAACUUCCUCAUCGCGUGUCCGCUGGACGAGCAGCAGCUGACCUCGACGCUGACGCUCACCAAGCUGCACCUGGCACCGCAGAUGAAGUUCGCCAAGUGCACGAUGGGCUUCGAGAGCGAGCAGCACAUGCUGCUCAACCCGAACGUGCAGACGGUGCUCAAGUUCUGCCAGUUCAACUGCGACAACUUUCUGCGCAUCGUCGACCACGAGACGAACGCCAUCGAACUGCAGCAGAUGGUGGCGGUGGCGGCCCAGCAGCAGCAGCAGCACCGCGACCGGGAACCCGUUUCGCCCAGUGCCACGCUCACGACCACGACGGGCCCGAGCUCGCUCGGGUCCAACACGAGCGGUGCCGGCAAGGAGCUGUCGUCGAAGGGUAGCGAUGUCCUGCGGGCAUUCGGCCGGCUGUUUGGCGGUGGUUCCGGCGGCGGUGGCCACGAUCGCAACGGUUCCGGCCACGAGAAGGAAGAUUCCAUCAUAUUUUUAAGUAAAAAUGAUCUGGAAAGUCUCGAGUGCGGUGCUCGGGCCCGGAGUGACCACCACCACGAAGACCACCAUAGCCACCAGCAAAAUCACCACCAGCACCACCAUCAUCACAGUUUGGAUGACCGCUCGUUCGAUGGAUCGUCGCGGCAGGAAUUGACCCACCAACCGCACUCGUUGCCGGCCGGUGGAUUCAGCGAGAAGAUGAAGGUGUUCACGGCGAAUGGCGGUCCCGGAGGCAAAGCGAAGUCCUCUAGCCGCUGGUUCAAGGGACUGGGAGGCGGCGGGAAAGCGACCGGCGUCGGCGGUGGCGGUGGCCACCAUCACGGUCGCCCGGUCUCGCCGACGACGACGGUCGACGACGAGUGGGACAAACGGACGAGCCUCGACCGGUACAAGGACAUGUCGAAGCUGAUCCAGGAACGGUUCGGCACUCUCGGCUUGUCCGGCGUCACCUCCCAGCGGGCCACCAGCUCGUCGGACAUUCUGCUCGGUGGAGGAGGAGGCACGGAAGACGAGCUGGUCAGUCUCAAUCCGGCCCCGGGUUGCGGGAGUGCGGAAAAGAUCCUUAGCAGCGGUUACGAGUCGGACAGCACGUCGUGCCUCGGGAGCGGCACGGCCGGUAUGCAGAAGUCCCGCUCGCUGCAGCACAUUGGCCACCAGCGAGACGGAGUGGCCUCGGCCGGUAAAAACCGCCCGGACCUGGUGACCAAUAUUUCGGGCUCGGUGGAGGGUGGCGACGAUGACGAUGACGAUCGCUUGUCCGAGCUCGACGGGGACACGUUGUUCUUCCCGCUGCGCACCGCCGCCCACCAGCAGUCCUUCAUGACGCAGAAGCUGUACAGUGAGUUCCACGUCAAGACGAAACAGUACAGCAAAUCGUCCUCCAGCAUCCAGCAGCUCCUGCAUCUGGCCAGUGGCAGUGGAGCGCUGGUCCACGGGAAGCAGGGUAAACAGCGCGGUGCACCGGCGGCCAGCGGAAAGAACCGGAGCACCUCCAACGAGGUGAUCCUUUCGUUCGAAGACCUGCGCUACAUGAACCGUGAGGAGGAGGAGCCUAGUGCCGGCAAACGAGGCGGAUGGUCGGGCGAACAGGAAGCGGCAGCGGCCCAUCGGCGACUGAAGUCGGUGUCGCUGAGAGUACAGCAGGAGGCGGAGGUCGAGAACCGGAAAAGGAACAGCGCGCAGGUGCUGGAGGACGACCUACCGUACAGCAGUGUGCGUGACUCGAUCGUGCUCCACGAACCGGACGUGACGACGGUGCCGGCGGAGAGUAUCUACGCCGAAAUAUGCAACGACACACCGGCGCCGGCACCGCCACCGG